UUUUGAAAAAUUCCAUCUAUCACCAUUUUGACGCAAUUAUUCUUAAUAUAGGUACCUAUUGAAAAUUUUCAAGAGGACUACAUAUUUUUGAUACAUUUUUUUUUCAAAAUUAAUGGUGUAAUUUGUCCAAUACUGUAAUUAGAACAUGGCGCCCUGUGGAUGCACUCGAAAGCUUCGUCGGAGAAGAAAGAUGCGUAAGACGCGGUGUCGCUCGAAGAGCGGGCGCUUCAAGCGUUGCCGCUGCGGCGAUCGCCGGUACCCCAUCCGCAACGUUACGCGCCGCCGCUCUCGCUGUCGCAGCCGACGCCGGAGUCGGUACCAGACGCGAUGUCGGUCGCGGUCGGGCUCCUUCAAGCGGUGCCGAUACUGCGAUAAACGAUACAAGAUCCGACGCUGAGCUGUGCCACGCCAAACUCGUGCAGCAUUGAAGUUCCUGACUCCUCAGACUUUUUUAUUACAAACAUUUGUUUCGGCUACAAUAUUAUUUAUAUAGUUUAAAAUUUGU